AUGGAUGAUCAUAGCAUGAUCGCCGUUGGUCAAGUAGGACCCCAUCGUCUAGUGGUUUAGGACAUCUCUCUUUCAAGAAGGCAGCAGGGAUUCGAAUUCCCCUGGGGGUAG